UGUGCCGGUUUAGUAAGUGGAAUGGUUCGACCGGUGACACAUACCGGUUUGUGCCGGUUCAUGCCGGUCAAGAUUACAAAUAAAAUUAUAAAUACUCAUAUUUAAGCAUGACAUUUAACGUCAAUACCUAAACAUUUAUACUUGAAUCCAACAAAUAACAUCAAUAUUCAAAUUUAUACUCAUAAAAUAAAUAAUAAAAUAAAUUUUAUCAAUUAAAUUCACUAAAAUAAAAUCAUUGUACAUUUAUACUUAGAGAUUCGUAUAUCGAUCAUGCCGAUGAUACCGGUGGUGUCACGCUGAUUUUAUAACCGGUACAGAUUGAUUCAGGUACAACCGGUGGCACACGCUGGCCUACGUGAUAACCAUGCUAUAAACCUACUGGCACCAAUUGAAUUAAGUUGAAUUUUCUAUUCGAAAAUUCAGUGUGUUUAGAGAAAUUCAAUUCAACCAUUAUCACUCAAUGCGAGAAACUUCCCAAACAGUGGCAGUAGUGGCAGAUCCAGCCAUUCCAAAGCGAUCAGCCCACAAAUCCCAUAUAUGAAUUCAUCCCUCAUCUUUGGGUAAAUACUUUGAGAUAAGCCCACAAAGCCUGGAGGCCCAAUCCUCCCCCAUAACAAUAAUAAAGCCCAACCUCUCCAUCCACCCUUUUAUUUAGGGCUGGCUAUUUGGUCCGGGUUUUUUGGUUUUACCCAAAACCGGACCGAGACCGGACUGAGACCGGAUAGUAAACAAUCCAAUCCAAUCUUUGGGCUUAGAUUUGAGGUAAAAAACCGUUAGAGACCGGAUAAGAGAGCUCAACACCCAAAACUUCAGGGUAAUUUGCAUAAACGAUCACAAACCUUUGCACUUAGUACAAAACUUAACCAACUCCUCACCCUUUCAGGCCUAGGCCACUCAAAUUCUCACAAGUUCAAUAUAAAAUCAAGACCGAAUUGUGACUGAACCGGGUCAAGACCGAACCGAAUCAAGACAAGAUUGUAUCAAAUCCAAUUUUUUGUCCUUAUAUUUUCCAAAAAAUCGGACUGGACCGGUUCAAUUUGAGCCAAUUUAACCGGACCGUAUAGCCACCCCUACUUUUAUUCCUUCUUAAAUCAUGUUUACUAAGCUUUUGACUUAUUUACUUGAUGCAAAAGUCAUGAAAAAUAUAUGAGAGGUCCCUAAUCUUCUCCUAUUUCCCCAAAACACCCCCGACUGAAAUAAGAGAAGAAAAUCCCAUCUUAGCAUCAGCCUUAAACCAUCGCUCCCAGUUCUCUUUCUAGCUCACCCCACUCCGCGCAAGAACGACUGGUAGCGGCGAGACGAGCAAUCGCCGUAACUCGAUCUUCCCCUCCGCCACCGCCAUUUUCGUUUUCUCCUCCUCGCUCUUCCAGAGGUAGACCUCUUGGCUUCAGCUUCAAUUCCAAUUUCUGCUCUCCGUUUCCAGUAGCCUCGUUUCACUGAUUCCUUCGGUCUUGUAUCGAGUCAGUCCCCGCCAGAUCUCGUUCGGUUCCUUCGUUCUUCUCGAGAAUUUCUCCUUCUUCCGAUUACCGACUGAUUGCUUGUGGUCUGAGCUUGUUUUCGUUUGCGAUUUUGUUGCCGCUGACGAUUUUAUCGUCCCUGUUGAUGCCGUCAAUUAGGGUUUUGGUUGUGGUUUUGAGCUGCCUAUGCGUCCUUGUUUGGUGUUGGAUUUUUUGGAUCUCUACGCAGAUCAUCUUGUUUGUUGAUUUAUCUUGCGGUUUGGGGGACCGUCGAAUUGAUUGAACUUUUUUCCUGGCGCGGUUUCAGGCGUUAGUUUGUUGAACCAAUGGCGUCCAAAUUGCAUCAGUUGAAAUCCAAGGCUUGCCAAGCUACUCAGUUCGUAACCAAGCAUGGCACCACCUACUACAAGCAGUUAUUGGAGCAGAACAAGCAGUACAUUCAGCAACCUGCAACUGUUGAGAAGUGCAAUGAAUUGUCCAAGCAAUUGCUCUACACUCGACUAGCCAGUAUUCCCGAGCGAAAUCAAGCAUUCUGGAAGGAACUUGACUAUGUGAAGAACUUAUGGAAGAAGAGGCAGGACUUGAAGGUCGAGGAUGCUGGCAUUGCUACGCUGUUUGGACUCGAGUGCUUCGCUUGGUAUUGCGCUGGUGAAAUCGUUGGGAGGGGAUUCACCUUCACAGGCUACUACCCUUGAGAGAGAUAAUAACCCCACUUUGUAGAACGGUUUGUUCGGAGAGUUAAGCUUCGGUUGUCAUCUGCGUCAUUGAAACGUAACGCUGGCACUUUACUACUCGCAGAUUUUACUUUCCUUUACUUCUCCUGCAAUUUUUUUGAAACCCAGAGACACCAGUGGUUGCUUGUGCGGCCCCAAUAAUUUGAUAGGUCGAAGCUGAUUUAGGAGUUCUGCUCGUUGGUUUCAUUUCUCUGUCCAUUAAGAUCACUACUGUUUCUCUCAUGGAAUGAUUGAUAAAUUUCUCAACUGUUCAGUUAAGUUCAGUUCGACGCUCGAUCUUGUAUCCAGCGCGCUCAUCCUGAUCAUCGAGUUCUCACUUCCCCUGUUGGAAUUCUUUGUUAGAACGCGAAAGCAUGGUAUGCCUCUUUAUUGUAGGUCACAUCAGAAAGGUCAUGAUUUAGUCCAACGUUGUGUUCGCUAUCGAACCAGUUUAAUGACAUGAACCGAUUUGACAAAUCUAACAGUGUUGACCUUCCUGCCUCUGCUACCACGGGCCAUAUGGCUGGAUGGACCAGGAAAUUUAGGAAUUCUGGCCGUGCAAAAUGGGCCCAUGAUCCGAGGACCGAGAUCCCAAGUCCAGUGACGAAUCACAAUGGAGCAGGCCGGAGGGGUGGAUCGGGCUGCCACGUGGCUUUCUGACUCCAAAUAAUUGUUGGGACGCAAU